AUGACUGAGUUAAUUGACAUUCUCGAAAAACAUAAAAAGAUUACAAAAGAAAUGUCUAUAAAGCUUCACAAAUAUCUAAGAGAAGUUAAAGCACCAGUAACUAAAGAAUGGGGAGAUUGUGUGACAUCUCAUUUUUUACCUGGAGAGGGUAUAUUGAAGGCUCUGAGCAGUGCAUGUACUGGAAUAGAAAACCGUGGUGUAUUUCUUCUAGCUGAAUUGAGCAGUGAGAAUACAGAGAAGAAACUGAACAUGGCUUCAAAGAAUCCAAAUAUAAUUACUGGUUUUGUAUGCCAAAAUAAGGAUACAUUUAAAGAUCCUGGGCUGUUACAAUUAACUCCUGGCGUACAACUCGAAAGUGCUAAGGACGAUCUGGGUCAAGUAUACAAUACACCAGAAAAAGUAAUUUUAGAAAAUGGUGCAGAUAUUGUGGUUGUUGGGCGCGGAAUAGUCAAUGCAAAGAGCCCAGAAGCACAGGCGGUCGUUUACAGAGAUGCUUUAUGGAAAUGUUAUUCAAAAAGAAUCUCAGGUAAAUUAGAGUAA